AUGGACCUCAAAGGGAUCUCUGUGCUCUCCGUCAUCCUCGUCGUAGCCCUCAGCACCUUGGCAGAGGGAAUGACAUCACCAAGUAAAUGCCAGUGUAAACUGGCCCCCCGUGAGCGGAGGAACUGCGGCUACCCGGGAAUCCCAGCAGAGGAGUGCAGGAAGGCUGGAUGCUGCUUCAACGCUUCAGUCCCUGGCAUUCCCUGGUGCUUUGCUCCUAAAGCAAAGAAAGUUAUGAAAGUAUGUCCCAACGAUCCUUACAUCAGGGUAGACUGUGGCUUCCCCGGCAUCACAGCUAAGGAGUGCGAACGGAGGGGAUGCUGCUUCAGGGCACAUCCCGCUGGUGUCCCCUGGUGCUUCUACCACCGCAUGAUGGAGGAAGCUGUGUAUUUCUCUGUUUCCCGGGAAAUUCGGCAUCUUAGCAACCCGCCGAUGAAAGAGUAG